AUGCGCCGUCCCUCUCCGACAUCACAUCUCUCCAGCUCCACUGUUCGCUUUAACGUUCGUGACACAAAGCAAUAUAAAAGGAAGUCUUUUAGAAAAGAGAUUCAAAUAAGCGUAUGGGAAGGACCAAGUGGGGCGGGCCACUCCGACGGCCAAACCUGUAAUCACGGAAAAAUAACUGAUACUGAGCUAUCUGUGAACGCGAUCGAUUGGAACUGGAUGUCAACAAAGAAAUUCCGGAUGGACUAUAUGUGGGCACAAUCAUUCAAAACAUUCUAUCGCGUCCAUGACUUUGCUACAAACUGGCACCAAGCGCGACAUAUCUGCGAAGUUGAAGGCACGUCCCUCUUCGUACCGGACAAUUUAGAAGAGAUGGAAUAUUUAUAACUUCUGAUCAGUAACAUGAAAGCACAUUAUACUGCAAUAUUUGUUGGAAUACAUGAUCAAUUCGCUAGCGGCGACUUCAUAUCUAUUUUAGGCGAACUUAUUAGAGGAACAAUUUUAAACCUCCUUUGGGGUCAAGGUUUACCAGAUAACUUGAAUGGAACUGAACAUUGCGUAGUUAUGAUAAGAGAAGGAUUAUUUGAUGACAAGCCCUGCAGUGAUAUCUUUCUAUUUGUUUGCAAAAUAUUGGGUAAUGAUACAAAAUACAAUGAUUGCGAAAAUUACGAUUUAUUGAAAAUAAUUUCUCAUUAUCAUUCAAAUUCGUCAAAAUAUUUUUUACGUCAACAAGUGACCUGGUGUAACCGCCCAGCUAUGUUUCUCUGUGAAAGAACCGUAAACCAUAGUUUGACAAUUUAA